UGACACCGGACUCGGCAAGAGCCGGUUGACCCGAGAUUGAAAGGCAGUAAAGGCAGUAAAGGCAGUCACGGAGAGGCAAUCAUGCUUUGGAACUGUUGCUAUACGCAAUGCCAUACAUAUCGACAGAAGCUCUAGUCGGCGCGGCUCUCUUAGUCGUGUUGGCUCUGGGAUAUCAAUAUGCUCCCAAGAACCAAGGCUCGGGAAGCUCGAAGAAAAAGGCGAAGAGGAAGAACAAGAAGAACGGCGCUCCUGUAGAUGAUGAUGUAGCGUCUGAGAAGGUCGAAUCUUCCUCGACAAAUGCGAAGAAGGGCAAUAAGGGUCCGAAGAAGCAGCAGAAUGGAGUCGGCCCACAUGGAGCGAAGGACGUGACCAAGGUAAUGCAAGAGCAAAGAACUGUUGAGCCUGAACCGAAGGAGGAAGGAGAUGAAGCGGUUGGGAAUGGUCCGAGCUUCGCUGCUGUUGCUAGCUCUUCCACUUCUAUGACCCAAGGCACAGCAAAGCCAAAGACUCUGGCAGAGAGACUUGCUCCCAAAGCGAGGAAGACAAAGGUCGACGACAUGCUCGAUCCUGAGGAUUUACCUCCGACUCAUGCUCGCGUGAUGAAGAUUGUGAAUCCUAGAGCCUCGAGUACUCCGUCCACCAGUCAUGAUCCAGCGCCAUCAGUCACUUCAUCUAGUGCGGCUUCUGCUCCUGUAGACGAAAAGGUCUCAAAGUUCUCGGAAGACUAUACGUCUGAAUCGGAGGGCAGUACAGUCGAAGACGACGGAUGGAAUGUGGUCCAAAGCAAACCGAAAAAAGCCAUCUCUUUGUCCCUCUCUGGACCUUCUUCAUCGUCACAUGCGUCUUCCAUACCUGGCGGAGCUGCCCCUUUGCCCGUCUCGACAAAGACGCAGCGGAAGAAUGCUAAAAAGUCAGAAGCGAAAAAGGCAGCAAGAGCAGCGGAAGAAGAGGACAGACAGCGCAGAUUGGCGAUGCACAAGCGGGAUCUGCAGCGAGAAAGGAUCAACGAGAUCUACACGGCUGGUAAGAAGAAGCCGGGCAAUGGCGGAGGGGGCAAGUCGACCGCUUCGGCAACUGUCGAUCAGAGCGGCAAGCUCGUCUGGGACUGAGGAGUCAACCCUACGCCGUCUAGCCAUGACCGUAGAUCGACGUCAAAUGUCGCUUUGGGCAGCAGAUAUCUGGCUCAUCUGGGGGAAUCGCACGACGAGACAGUCGAAUUCUGUUCAGAAUGAAAAGCGGCAUUGGCUAUACCCAGCACAUGUCAUGUCAUACCAAUCGAUGCAUUCUAUACA